CGCCUCCCUUAUUUACAUAAAUAACAUUUUCAGAAACGAAGGCGGAUUUUUUAUUUUACUAGUUAAUCAUAUGAUUAUUGAAGACUGGCUCGUACAUGUAAUCGAAAUGUAGUCCAAUAAACAGCCGCUUCAGAGUCUUUGUUGACUUUUGUUUUGAUUAAUGUUGUUGGUACAUAAAGCCGCAGUGCAGUUGAAAUGAACACAUUAAAAAGACGGGGCCGCCAAGUACUGUUUGCUAUUGGAGGAGUUGCUACCAAUCAAAGUAUACUGAAUAGGACCGGACCCAUUUUCUAUGUUGUUGCCUUAACUGGAAUAUUCGGAUGGGGGAUCACAACGGCAAUUCCUUAUGUGUACUCCGAACUGGAUAUCAACAUUACAAGAUUCUUUCAAGGUGUAGGAUGUUUUUUGGCAUUAGAGUUGAUGAUGAACUGGCUUUGUAUACUGUUUGUUGACUCCUCCUUCCGCCCACCAGAUCAUCUUGAAAAUGGGCCUUUUCAUACUGCAUACUAUUCAGGUGCAAAUCAAGAUACAUCACAGAAAUUGAUUGAACACCACCAUGUACAUAAUGAAAAUCAGUCUGAAAGUGUGACAAUAUCCCCAAAAAAUGGUUUAAUGCAAAAGGCUCCAUUGUAUUUCAGAUGGACAUUUUGUGAGCCUUGUGGCAUUCACACUCCUCCAAGGGCACACCAUUGCCCGCUGUGCCAAACAUGUAUCUUAAAACGUGACCAUCAUUGUUUUGUCGCUGCUAGUUGUGUUGGAUUUCGGAAUCUCCGCCAUUUUUGUGUGUUUCUAUUCUAUGCCGUUCUUGCAACUAUAUUUGCUAUGAUACACGCUCUGCCUUACGCUUAUUUUGAAGUCAUCCCAUAUUUGCCCUCCUAUCUAGAUAUGAUAUAUCCAAUCACUCUUGUAAGGGGCCUUUUAGGGUAUUUGAGUUUGUUGCACUUUUGUCUCAUAUUUUUAGGAUGGAUGUUACUCAUUUACCUUUGUGUCAGUAUUGCAUCAUUAAUUAAGCUUUACAAGUUAGUUUUAUCAGGAUUAACAAAGUAUGAAUAUGAAAACAAUAUUAAAAUUGUCGAUACCAAAGAUACAACUGGUAAACUUGAAGCAGUUUUUGGAAAAAUAUGGUGGCUUAAUUUUCUUUUCCCUUUGCACCGAGUGUUUGAACCAAUAGACGAUCCAUUAUAUUGGCAAAGUAUGGAAUUUUGUGGGUGAAGUGUCAGCUUUUAUUUAAACACGGGUCAAAUGCUGUAACAAAGCUUUCGUUGUUUGUCUUUCAUAUUGUUCGCCAAACUAUACUAUAAUGCAUUGACUUUUUCAGAAAACUUUUUCAUACUUAGAGCUGCACUCUCACAGAUUUACUGUUUUGACAACUUUUUCUUUUUUUGUCUUGGAAUGUGCCAAUUUUUGCGUAAAUAUCUGCAAACCAGUGAUAUAAGACUGCUGACUAAAGAUCAGAUCGCAGAUUUUCAUAUUUCCAAACGAAAAUUAAUAUUUGUUUGCUAAAAGCGUUACUAACGGCUUAAGAAAAAUGAAUAAAACAUCAAUUUUUGAACUUAUUAAAAUAUGAAAAUCUGCAAACUGAUUUUUUGUCAGCAGUCUUAUAUCGCUGGUUUCAAAGCAUUUGUGCAUAAAUUGGCUCGGUCCAAGAAAAAGAAAAAAGUUGUCAAAACGUUCAAUCUGUGAGAGUGCAGCUUUAAUACACAUAGCUAUGUUUUGACAUAAUUAUUAUUUGAAACAUUACUAUCACUUAAUUAUUGUUUAUAAGAAUUAGAUGUAUGUUGGUGAGUGCAUGGAAUAUGAUUGAAAUGUUUGUUUUUAAAUAUGCUCUAUUCAAUAUAUAGAGAAAUUAUACCUAAUAAUUUUGAAUGCCAUGAUUGAUUAAUUCUAUGUCUGUGAAUUAUUUGUUAAAAUGGGUUAUUUUAAUCAUUGUUUGUGAAUCUUUGUGACUUUUUAUAAUUAUAUAUUUUAACCUGGGACCAAUAAUAUGUUUUUCUUCCGAAGGCUACAUUGAAAAUAUGAUUGUUCACACUCAUGACACUUACUGGAAUUAUUAAACAAUGUGUAACC